AGACCGUCAUUCUCUCGCCAGGUCGCUCAAUGAGUUUUCAUUCGCUGGCCCAGUUUGUUGUGCUGUUCGCUGUUCCCUCGUUUUGUCGUCUAUUUUAUUUUCGUGGUGUCGCAUAUAUUUAGUAAAUAUUUUGUUGUUGUUAUUUAUAGUUCGGACUUGGUUGGCGUGGUGCGUGUUGUGUAUUUUUUUUUUUGUUGAGUGGCAUAUUUUUGUUUGAUUUUUGAUGGCAUCCAAGGACCGUCUGCCCAUAUUUCCCUCGCGUGGUGCCCAAACGCUGAUGAAAUCGCGUUUGGCGGGCGCUACUAAGGGACAUGGUUUGCUGAAAAAGAAGGCAGAUGCCCUGCAGAUGCGCUUUCGUCUUAUUUUAGGCAAGAUCAUUGAGACGAAAACCCUUAUGGGUCAAGUUAUGAAGGAGGCUGCAUUCUCUUUGGCUGAGGUUAAAUUCACGACUGGAGAUAUCAACCAAAUUGUGCUGCAGAACGUUACAAAGGCCCAGAUCAAGAUACGCACCAAAAAGGAUAAUGUGGCCGGCGUAACGUUGCCUGUUUUUGAGCCCUAUACGGAUGGCGUGGAUACCUACGAGUUGGCCGGACUGGCACGCGGUGGUCAGCAGUUGGCUAAGCUAAAGAAGAAUUACCAGAGCGCCGUGCGCCUCCUUGUAGAAUUAGCCUCAUUGCAGACCUCCUUUGUGACUCUUGACGAUGUGAUUAAGGUCACCAACAGGCGAGUUAAUGCCAUCGAACACGUGAUCAUACCCCGCAUCAACCGAACAAUAGAGUACAUUAUCAGCGAACUGGACGAACUGGAACGCGAGGAGUUCUAUCGCCUAAAAAAGAUUCAGGAUAAGAAGCGUGAGGCUCGCAAGGCAACCGAUAAAUUACGUGAGGAGCAGCGGCGUUUAGGCAAAUUGGCCGAGGCUAAGGAAGUGCAGAACAUCCUUGAUGAUGAUGGAGACGAGGAUCUGCUCUUCUAGACCGACUGCAUAUCCCAUAUGCCCACCUACCCACUGCUACACCUGACUAUCCAAUCAUUUAACUUUGCUACCUCACCUCUCGUUUUUGUUGUCUUUGUUCAUUGUGAUCCGGAUGUUGUACCGCUUGUCGUUCUGGGAAAUACAAUCCGUAAUCGUAACCUUA